AUGACAGACGUCGAAAAAACCUGGCAAGCGGCGGGCGACACAGAGCCAGAAAGUGCUCAGGCCGUCUCUAGCAAUCCCCUUGCCACCAUGGGCAAUGGCCAGCGUGACUCUGUGAGCAGCGCAGCAAGUACUGCACAUGAUACUCAGAAGCUAGAGCAUACGCCCUCCGACGGCCUGAAGAGCAAUAGCGAGACUGGCACGCUCGCUCAGGCCCCUUCGCCAACGCAGGAUGAGGAGCAUGCUGGAAAGACGCCCGACAACGAGAAGCUCUCACCCUACGACCAGGCCAACAAGUCUUACCAAUCUUCGGCCGAGGAGUUGCCAGGCUCGACCCAUCUACAGCGCUUUGUCGAUGAGCGAAUCAAAGCUCUCAAGGAGGCUGACGUUCAGUUUAGUAAGCCACUCGGCGUCAUAUGGAAGGAGCUCUCUGUGCAAGGCAUGGGCUCUACAAAGACAUUCGUACAUUCUGUCGACCGCGCCAUCCUGGGCACUUUCGGGCCCAACGUCUGGCACUUCAUCUCCAAACUUGUGCCCCAGCUGCCCGCGAUGAUCCCAGGUCUGCAUCCGCCGCCUGUUCGCAAUCUGAUACAAGGCUUCUCUGGUGUCCUGGAGCCCGAGAUGUGCCUCGUGCUUGGCAAGCCUGGCGCAGGCUGCACGACCUUUCUUCGUGCGCUCAGUAACCAAAGAGGCAAUUUCGUUUCCGUCAAGGGCGAGGUAUCUUAUGGCGGCGUCGAUCACCAGACCAUCAAUAAGAACUUCAGAGGCGAAGUCAUCUUCACAGACGAAGCAGACAUCCAUUUCCCUUCUCUCACCGUUGGCCAAACGCUGCGCUUCGCACUGAGGAACAAGAUCCCGAGAUAUCGACCAGCGAAUGAAACGCGAGGCGACUUCAAGGAGACGAUGCUCAACAUCAUUCUCAAGAUGUUUGCUAUCGAGCACACCAUCAAUACCCCCGUCGGCGGUCCUGGAGCGCCUGGCGUCAGUGGAGGUGAACGCAAGCGCACCUCCAUCGCAGAGGCAUUGGUAGCUCGCGCGACCGUCGCAGCCUGGGAUCAGUCAACGCGAGGCCUCGAUUCGGCGACCGCUUUGGAUUAUAUCAAGUCAUUGCGAGUUUUGACAGACACUGUGCAGACGACCAACAUUGUAACACUCUACCAGGCAUCGGAAGACAUCUAUAACCUCUUCGACAAAGUCUUGCUCAUCGAUGAAGGCCGAUGUAUAUACUUUGGACCUGCAACAGAGGCAAAGGCGUACUUCAGAGACCUCGGCUUCUUCUUCCCACACAGACAGACCAGUGCCGAUGCUCUCACAUCUGUCACAGACUUUGAGGAAGUCAGAUAUCGUGAAGGAUGGGAAGGCAAAGCCCCAAAGACACCCAUUGCACGCGAGCGCGCUUUCCUCGAGUCAGCGCAACACAAGGAGAAUCUGCGCUUGAUCGCUGCACGCGAGCAGUCUUUCGUAGAAGAUGACUAUCGCAAGCAAACGCUGAACCGCGUUGCUCGCGCCGAAAAGGCCAAGCGUCAGUUCAAGAAAAGCAGCUACACGGUCAGCUUCGCAACGAAUGUCAAAUCACUCAUCAUUAGACAAGCACAAAUCAAGUGGGGCGAUCGGCAGUCCUUUUACACAAAGACCUUCACCUGCGUGACCGUCGCACUCGUCGUCUCCGCAAUGUUCUAUUCGGUCGACAAGCAGAACACAACGGCUUCACUCUUCACGCGAGGCGGCGCACUCUUCUUCUCGCUGCUGUUCUUGGGCUGGCUAAACUUGUCAGAAAUCUACGAAGCCUGCCAGGGUCGUCCCAUCAUCCAGCGCCACAAAGCAUUUGGCUUCUAUUCACCGGCCGCCGUCUCGAUCGCGCGCACCGUCAUAGACUUGCCCAUCAACGCAUUCUUGGUUGUAUUAUUCUCGCUCAUAUCGUACUUUAUGUGCGGUUUCCAAAGAACAGCUAGCCAGUUCUUUAUCUAUCUCUUGAUCGUCUUCAGCUCGGUCCUCAAUUUGACUGCCUACUUUCGCGCCAUCGCCGCCUUGUCGCCCAACUUUGACACAGCAAUUCGCUUUGCUGUGCUCAGCUUGAACGUUGCAGUCGUGACCGUUGGAUACGUGAUCCCUCGUUCUUUGAUGCCCGUCGGAAUCAGAUGGAUAUCCUACAUCCAUCCAAUCUCGUACACCUUCGAAGCACUCAUGGGCAACGAAUUUGCCGGUACAGAUUUCGACUGUACUGCGCAGCUUGUGCCUCAAGUGGCAGGUACAACGAUUGCGAAUCAAGUCUGCCCAAUCGCAGGAGCAGUGCCCGGCCAGCCCUUCGUCGCAGGCUCAGCAUACAUCGAGGCGUCGUAUGGCUUCUCGCGCAGCAAUCUGUGGCGCAAUUUUGGCAUCUCGCUUGCCUUCACUGCUGUAUACAUCAUCGCCGGCGCAGUCUUUUCGCAAUUCCUGGACUACAGCAAUAGUGGUGGCUCAGUCACCGUCUUCGCUCGCACUAAGCGCGCAAAGGCGGCCGUCGCUGCAGAAGCAAAGCCUGACGACGAGGAGAAGGGCUUUGUAGGCGGUCGCAUGACCGGCCAUCGCACGUCGAAAUCGGAGACAGGCAAGGUCAAAGGUGUCGAUGCCUCGCCCAGUAUCUUCACUUUCCGCGAUGUCUGCUACACGGUCCAGACGCCGGCUGGACCCCGUCAGCUACUCAAUAAGGUCUCUGGCUGGGCUAAGCCUGGAACUUCUACUGCGCUCAUGGGCGCGUCUGGCGCUGGCAAAACGACCCUGCUCAAUACGCUAGCUGGACGGCACAAUCCUAUGCAGAUCACCGGCGACAUCAAAGUUGAUGGUCGCCCUCUAGGACCCUCUUUCGCGCGUGACAUUGGCUUCGCCGAACAGAUGGACCUUCAUGAUCCUACGCAGACUGUGCGCGAGGCUCUAGAAUUCUCAGCUUUGCUCCGUCAACCAGCGGAGACGCCGAAGCAGGACAAGCUCGAUCAUGUCAACAUGGUCAUCAAACUUCUGGCUCUAGAGGAUCUUGAAGACGCAAUCAUCGGUACAGUCGAGAAUGGACUCUCGGUAGAAGAGAAGAAACGCGUCACGAUUGGAGUGGAGCUGGCAGCAAAGCCCCGCGUCAUGCAGUUCAUGGACGAACCAACAAGCGGCCUCAGCUCGGAAGGAGCAUUACAAAUCGGACGCUUCAUUCAGAGACUUGCAUUGAGUGGUCAGACUUCUUUCGUGGUCUGCCAUCAGCCAAGUUCGCUACUCUUUACCAACUACUUCGAUCGUCUGCUCUUGCUUGCACCAGGCGGCCGCACCUGCUACCAUGGCGAAGUGUCGGACAUCAAGGCUUAUUUCGAAGGCAAAGGUUCGCGCAAAUGUGGCGAAGAAGAGAAUCUUGCCGAAUUCGCCGUCGAUGUAGUCAGCCGCAAAGGUCCGAAGGGCGUUGCGUGGCCCGACAUCUGGGUCCAAAGCGACGAGUAUCGACAGGUCCUGCGUCAGAUUGAAGAGAUUGAGGCCGAGCGCAGCAAGCUGCCGGACGAAACGCCCGAAAACUUAUUGCGCCCUUAUGCCACCUCGACACGCACUCAGACUGCACUCCUCACAAAGCGAACAGUCAUCGCUCUGUGGCGAGAUGCAGCGUACGGCUACUCGAAAGUCUCUGCUAUCGUCGUCGUCUCGCUGUUCAAUGCUCUCACGUUCAUCAAGAUUGGCGAGGGACCUCUGUCGGUAGCACAGCUACAGCAAUCUGUCUUUACGAUCUUCCUCAUCAUUCUUAUUUUGCCGGCGUUGCUCAAUAGCUCGAUUCCCAAGGCCUUCAUCAUCAAAUCUUACUGGAUGCUGCGCGAAGGUCCCUCGCGCACUUACAGCUGGCUGCCUCUGUGCAAUGCUAUCAUGCUUGCCGAGCUACCGUAUGCCAUUGCCGGCGGUAUCCUCUACUGGGUACUUUGGUACUGGAUCGUCGCCUUUGGCACAGGCGAGCCCGCAGGCUAUUCACUACUCAUGAACGUCCUGCUGCUCAUCUUUGUCUACACGCUCGCCCAUUGGCUCUGCGCACUGGCGAUGAGCCCCACGCUCGUCGCCAAUAUGCUGCCUUUUAUGCUGGUGGUUCUAUCCCUCAUGAACGGCGUCAUCGUGCAGUACGAAGUCUUGCCAUCGCCCUAUAAGAAGUUCCUAUAUUGGGCGAAUCCGGUGCAGUGGUGGAUCAGGGGAUCAAUCUCGGUUCUCAUGCACGACAAGCAAGUCGUCUGUCAGCCGUCCGAAUUCUUUGCAUUCUCGCCUCCCCAGGGUCAGACCUGUGGAUCGUAUGCCGGCGCCUACAUCAGUUCGGUCAUGGGCAACUUGACCAAUCCAGAUGCGACGAAAGACUGUACAUAUUGCCAGUACACCGUCGCAGACACUUUUGCUGCCUCCCUCAAUGCUUACCACGAUCAACGCUGGAGAUACUUUGGCCUUUUCCUCGUCUUCGUGUCUACCAACGUCAUGAUCUUCUAUGCCGCCUUUUAUGCCUUCCAAGUCAAGUUUCUCGGCAGCAAACUUACUCUUGGCAACGUCCUUGGUCUUUUCAAGCGUAAGAACAAGGGCAAGGCCGGUGCGAGCGUCUAG